AUGGAAUCACCACAAAAGAAAGUUAAAUUAGAUCUCAGAACAGAACCUACUUGUAAACCUUGUUUGCCAGAAAUGAAAAAACCUUUUGAGGAUACAUUUUUCAUGCAAUUUAUAUUCGACCAAUUACGAAAUUAUAGUAGAGAUCCGCGUCAUCACCAGUAUUCUGAUAUUGCAAAACGUUUUUGGAUUCUUGUUAAAUAUUAUGCAGGAAAGCAAUUUUUUGUCAGAAUGGCCGGAGCACGAAAUCAACAUCAACCAUGUAAUUGGUUCAACCAUUUACAUUACAAUCUCAUAAUUCCUGAAUUAGCUACAGUCAAAAAUUGGUUUCCAAAAGGUAGUCGUGGUAUCAUUCCGUAUUUCAAAGAAACUCUUGAAGAUAUUGUUUCAAAAUCCUCCUGUAAGAAUGCAUGUAUUUCUGUUGACGGCAUGAAGGUUUUGAAACAUAUUGACACACUAAAUUCAGAAUUUGUUGGAGUAGUGUUCCCAUGA